GGGCGCUGCGGAACCCCGGGUGCAGCUAGUGUGGGGAAGGAGAGCUCCUCCCCCCGCCCGGCCCGCGGACCCAGGGCUCCUCUGGCCUGUCGCUCCCUCCGGUCCUGAAGGUGGGGCCCAGGCCUGGGUUGCCAUGGAUACCGUGUCCCUAGAGCAUCAGAUCCAGAGCGUGCAACGCCACAUCAGCUUCCUGAAGAAAGAGCAGAUGGCCCUGCUGCGGGACCUGCACCUGGAAAUCCUGAGGCUGCAGAAACGCUGCUCAGAACUGACCCAUGACCUGGAAAUGAGAGAGGCCCAAUCUCACCAGCAAGAGGCGGCGUCGCGGGAGCUAGAGAGCAAAUGCCGGGAGCUGGAGUCCCAGCUAGCGGAGCGGGCAGCGGCCAACUCCGAGCUGCGGCGGGAGGUGGCGCAACGUGAGGCGCUGGUGUCCGCGCUGCGCUGCAGUCUGCGCGCGGAAGAGCGCCGCUUCCUGGAGGAGCUGCGUCGGCGCAGCCACCGCGCCACCGUGCUGAGCACCGAGCUGCAGAAGCACACCGAGGCGGCCGCCUACCUCUCCUGCCAGCUGUACGCGGCACGCCAGAGACUGCAGGCACCGCGCCCGGGCCCCGGCGCCGCAGCUGAACCCCGGCCCCGCCGGCGCGCACAACGGGCUCGUCGCCCGCCCACUACGGAGGCCGCCGCCAAGGGCCCCCCCGGCCGGGACUGGGCCGCCUGGGACCGCGCGGCCUGCGCCUUGGACGACGCCGACCCCAUGCCCGACCCUGCGCUCUUCCUCUACGCUCGGAGGCCCCCGCGGCCCAGCGGCCGCAGCCCGCGCCAGCCGCCUCCCCAGGAGCCCCCGGACCAAACCGACCCACCGCCUGCGCCCAGUGCGCCCAGUGCACCCAGUGCACCCGGGGCCCCCGAGUAG